CGUGCCACGAUCGGCAACCGAUUUUCAAGAAUAGUCGCGCACAGAAAGGUUACACGACACUUGGUCGCCGGGUCGCUUUUACUUCCCCACGCGUGAAAUUAUUACACACGCGAGUUUCCGUGGACCACGAUUUCCAGGGAUCCGAAAUAGUUUCAGGAAACGGAAGAGACCGCGGGAUGUGACGGGGCUGCAACGAAGAGAUUUUUGCCGAAUGCAUCCCGGAAUAUAAAAUUGGAUCUAAAAAAUGUGGAAAACUUCAAUGAUCCUGAGUGUUUUAGCGACGCUGAUGAUAACUAAGCUGACAGAGGCUGGCUAUUACAAGUAUAAUCAAAGUCAGUACAAACGAAGCAGUAUCCGCUUUAAGUGUACAGAGGAAGGUUAUCAUGCCGAUCCGCAUGACUGCAGGGUUUACUACAGAUGCGUGGAUUGGGGCAACGGCAGCCCACUGACAAGCUUUAGAUUCGAAUGUGGAGUAGGCACCGUAUUCUCAAAAAAUAAAGGAGAUAUUUGUACACAUCGGGGAGAUAGUGGUCGGUUUGAAUGCGCCGGAUCCGAGAAUGAACUUGAUUCCAAUCUACAUGGUCCUCCAGAGGACCCCAUACGGACAACAACAGUAAGAACAACCAAGCGACCACAACAAACCAUGACACAGUCUCCGGUGACUAUAUCACAACCUACAAUUAUGACCCAAGUUAUUACGACAACUAGAAAACCGGAAACAGAACAAUCACCGCUAACAAGUCGACCAACUAUAGAUCAAUCAGAAAAUAACUGUAAAAACAAACUUGAAUGUACACAAGAAGGACUUCUAGCUGAUACUUGUGACUGCAGAAAAUUUUAUAGAUGCGUAGAUAAAGGUUACGGAAAGUUUAAAAAGUAUAAUUUUACAUGUGGUUUAGGGACUGUUUGGGACUCAGAGAUUCAAGGGUGCAAUCAUGCUUGGGCUGUUGCAAAAAGAAACUGUAAACAAAGUUUGGAUAAUGAAGGCAAUGUCAAUAAUGGUAGUCAAUGGAAUGGUAAUAAUGGCAAUGUGGAUCAAUUUGGUCAACCUGGACAACCGGGACAAUUGGAUCAAUCAGGACAACCCGGAUAUUUGGAUGAUCAACCGGGUCAACCAGGACAACCGGGACAAUCCGGAUAUCUGGAUGGCCAACCAGAACAACCAGGUCAACCAGGACAAUCAGGUCAACCUGGACAACCUGUAUAUCCAGAUAAACAACCGGGACAACCAGGACAAUCCGGAUAUCCGGGUCAACUUGGGAAACCAGGUCAACCUGGAAAACCAGGACAACCGGGACAAUCCGGAUAUCUGGAUAACCAACCAGGACAAUCCGGAUAUCCUCAUAGACAACCGGGUCAACCAGGACAACCAGGUCAACCCGGAUAUCCCCAUGGACAACCGGGUCAAUCAGGACAACCAAGUCAACCAAAACAACCAGGACACGGAUAUCCAGAUGGACAACUGGGACAAUCCGGAUAUCCAGAUGGACAACCGGGUCAACAUGGACAACCGGGACAAUCUGGAUAUCCCGGAUAUCCAGAUGGACCAGGAGGACCAGAACAACCGGGAUCAGGUUCUUCAGAUUCUGCAAGCACGCCAUGUUCUUUUGGAACUUCUGAUACUUCAGGUUUACCGGACUCUGCUGAUAAUCAACCACUAAUAGAUCGUUGUACAAAAGAAGGCUUUUUUGCUCAUCCAAAUGAUUGUCGCAAAUUUUAUCGAUGCGUCAAUGAUGGUACGUCCUUUACAAAAUACGAAUUUCAAUGCGGUGUUGAAACUGUUUGGGAUUCAUCUAUUCAAAGUUGCAAUUACAUUUAUGCCGUACCACAAUGUAACCAAACAAGUAAUGUACAUACAAAUAAACCUGAUACAUCGUUAAAUGAAGUUGAUAGUGCUGAUAGGCCAAACACGAGUGAAUUACCGCCGAUACAAUCUCCAGAAAGUUCUACUAUUCCAACAGGAUCUUCAAAGCCGGAGAUUUCGUCUUCGACUCAGCAAGCUGUUAGCACUACGAGCAAACCUAUUGUACCGUCUCAAACUACAUCUGUUUCUUAUUUGCCACCUGUUAAUAGUACAUAUCCAUCUUCAACAGUACAAGUUGACGAAUCUAUUUCCUAUUUGCCUCCCGUACCUCAAACAACCACUUCUAUAUCCUAUUUACCACCUUCGAGUACUGCAACUACAGACGUAAUGUCUGUAAAUGGCUCUACACCCGAAUCUGUUUCAUAUUUGCCACCCAGUACUAGUACAUUUACAGAUAUAAGACCUGCAACGACUACUUUCCCAAGUUCUAUAUCGUCCAUUAUUUCUUCGCCUCAAACUGAAAAAUACGAAUGUACUGAAGAAGGUUUCUUAUCAAAUCCUAGUAAUUGUAAAAAAUUCUAUCGCUGUGUACAUGAUCAAUCCGGGUAUCAUAAAUAUGAGUUUGAAUGUGCUCCAGGGACAGCAUGGGAUCAAUCCGUACAAACAUGUAACUAUAUUGAACAAGUAGCUUCGUGUUCAAUAGAAAAUAAUGAGAUCGAUCACGGCUCGCCAUCUAGCACUUCCAUAUCUGAACCUCUUGUCACGAGUAGUUCUACAACUACUGCUCCUAGUCAAAUUACUACGACUAUCUCAUCAUCCGCAGUUCCAAUUUCUACUACAGUUGCCAGUAUUCCAGAGACAACUACAGAAUUGUCCACGUCGGAAGGAGAUAAAACAGAAACUUCGUCAACAACAAUCACUAACGUCGGCGAAAAACCAGUUUCAGGAGAGUCAGAAGAAAUGCCUGAAAGCUCUAGUACGGAAAAUUUAUCCGAGUUCUUGCCUGAACAGUCUAGUUCCGAAUCAAGUGAAGAUUCAUCUUCAUCUACGGAGUCACAUAUAUCAGAUUGCACGACUCAAAAGCUAAACAACACGAUAGUAUGCAAUGAUGAAGGUUUCUAUCCGCAUCCAAUUCGAUGUGAUAAGUUCUACCGCUGCGUCGAUAAUGGCAAUGGUUUCAACGUACAUCAUUUUAACUGCCCACCAAACACCAUAUUUGAUCCUAGCAUUAGCGUAUGCAAUUACGUUGAAUCUGUUUAUCCUGUGAGAGAUUGUACUACUGUUAACAUGGAAGCCACAACCGAGUCUUCGUCAGAACAGUCAACUAGUACUAUACAAAGCACAACUCAACAAACAGAAGAAAGCACUGAGUCCAGUUCAAUGUCAUCUACAGAAGGAACUACUAUCACUUCCGGCAUGGAAUCCACAACUAUGAAAAGUACCGAAAACAUAACAGAAUCCACAGCUGAAUCAACCAUUAUCACGACAAAUGGUGCCACUGAAUCUAGCACUGAGCAAACUGAAACUACUGUUUCUACUGAAUCAAUGUCUGAAACACCUAUGACUGAAUCUCAAGAAUCUACAACGGAACAAUUGACGACAGAAUCAUCCAACACGGAAAAUCAAGAGCAAUCAAUAACUGAAUCACAGGAGCAAUCAACGCCAGAGUCUCAAGAAACACAGUCUACGACAGAGUCUCAAGAAACACAGUCUACGACAGAAUCUCAAGAAACACAAUCUACAAUAGAGUCUCAAGAAACACAAUUUGCAACAGAGUCUCAGGAACAAUCGACUGAAUUAGCAGAGCAGACAACGGCGCAACCAGCAGCUGUGGCACCUUGCGCUGUAGGCAAUUUGACGAAUGACCAGAUAACUUUAGUUUGUCCUACAGGUUUCCGAAGGCAUUCAAAAUAUUGCAACUUAUUCUAUCAAUGUACUUCUGAAGAAAAUAUGGAGAUUAAGAUUCUUGUAUUAAGUUGUCCUGAGGGUACUAUAUUUGAUGAGAAAAAUAUUCAGUGUCUACCUACAGACAGAAGCAGCGAUCCGUGCACAGGCGCUACAGCAAAUGCUAGAUUGUAUAGAAGAGUAGAAAAUAAUGCUUUAUUACCUAUAAAAGUAUCAUCAAAUCAGCUCUGUCCGGAAGAAGGACAUUUCCCUUAUCGACAAGGUUGCAGUAACAAUUUUUAUAAAUGUAAACGUGAUAUUCGGAACAACUUACAAGGAUACUUGUAUAAAUGUCCCAAGAACUUUAUUUAUUGGUCGGUUUCUAGAAGAUGCGAACGUGUAACGCGUCUUCCAAUGUGUACGCAUUUGGCGUACAGAAACACAACUAAUUGGAAUGAUCGAUGGCAAAUACCAACUGAAGACUUUAAUCUUUCCUCCAGAAUGUUACGUCAUGAACUGUUCAAUAAUCCGUCCCUUCUUUUCUAGAUUUUAUUAUAUAUAAGUUACGAGAAGUUUGGCCAUAAAUGUUUAGACGAUAUCCAUACGAGGUGUGUUCAAAAAGUAUCGCGAAUUUUGAAUUUCCGCGGGU